CACAGGUGAAAGUCUCACUGACACACUUUCAAAAUAAAAUAAGUUCACCUGUAAAACUAUGGUAAUGAGGGACAUUCCGGGCAGGAGAGGAGGGGUUUGAAGGUGGAUUAUCACACAGUUAAACUUUGUCGGAGGUUGAACCUUGGAGGGGCUUUAAAAGGCGGAGUGUGCGCGCGUGAGUACGUGUGUAUGUGAGCCGUGAGUCAGUCGAGUUCACUGAACCGUCGCGAGGAGACGUUUCCGCCCACAAGAAAGAUGGCGGCUCCCUUGAUGGAGAAACUGUCGGAGUCCUUAGGAUCCCCGGAGCCAGCGGUUCGACUCAUUUUAUCUAUUUUAAUCGGCUAUCCCUGUGCUCUGGUGUACCGGCGAGUCUUGUUCCACCAGCCCGCCACGGUUGUCCACUUGUUCCACACCAUCUCUGGUCUGGCUCUAGCAGCAUUCAACUUUGGCGCUCAGCUCUAUCACUCUGCAGUAUGCAUCCUUGUCCAAUUCCUGAUGCUGAGGCUCAUGGGAAGGACAGUAACAACUGUCCUGAGCAGCUUUACGUUUCAAAUGAUAUACCUGCUGGCAGGGUAUUACUACACAGCGACAGAGGAGUAUGACAUCAAGUGGACGAUGCCUCAUUGUGUCCUCACGCUUAAACUUGUUGGUUUGUCUUUUGAUUACUAUGACGGCGGGAAGGAACCAUCCCAGCUGAGCUCAGAGCAGAAGAACUCAGCUGUGCAGUCUGUGCCCUCUCUGCUUGAGGUGUGCGGCUUUUCCUACUUCUAUGGAGGCUUCCUGGUGGGGCCCCAGUUUACACUACGCAGCUACCAGAGGCUGGUGGCAGGGGAGCUCACCGACUGCCCCGGAAAGCCUCCAAACAGUGCUGUACCGGCUAUGAAGAGGUUUGCUGUGGGUUUUGUCUGUGUGGUGAUAUAUACAAUAUUUAGUCCGUAUUACCCAGACAACUACUUCUUAACGGAUGAGUUUGAGGCUCAGCCGUUCUGGUAUCGCUGCAUAUUUAUGCUGCUUUGGGUUAAAAUCAUUUUGUAUAAAUACGUCAGCUGUUGGCUUAUAGCGGAGGGUGUAUGUAUACUAUCUGGCCUGGGGUACAAUGGUGUCGUGGAUGGUAAGCACCAGUGGGACGCCUGUGCCAAUAUGAAGGUGUGGCUCUUUGAAACCACGCCGCUUUUCGCAGGAACCAUUGCCUCCUUCAACAUCAACACAAACGCCUGGGCUGCCAGACAUGUCUUCAAGCGGUUGAAGUUCCUUGGCAACAAGAUGCUGUCUCAUGUGACCACACUGUUGUUCCUGUCGAUUUGGCAUGGCCUUCAUUCUGGAUACUUCAUGUGCUUCUCCAUGGAGUUCUUGAUCAUCAUUGUAGAGAGACAGGCCCAGGCUCUGGUGCGGGACAGUCCCUUGCUGACGAAGCUGGCCAACAGCGCGCUCUACCCUCUCAUCUAUGUGGUCCAGCAGUUCAUCCACUGGCUCUUCAUGGGCUACGCCCUAGUGCCAUUCUGCCUCUUCACCUAUGACAAAUGGCUCCAGGUGUGUUCAUCCGUCUAUUUCUGCGGUCACGUAUUCUUCCUAACAGCCUUGUUAAUCAUGCCAUACCUCCGUAAGGCGCUGGUGCCUAAGAAAGAACGGAGCCAGAAAAAGCAGGAGUAAAACUCGAUACUAAGACCUGGCAUGGUCUGUCUGAGGCUAAAUAUCCGCUGAAGGGAACUGUGACUUUAAAGGAGCAGAACGGAAAAUAUUUUAAGGCCUUUAGUAAUAUAUAUAUAUGUCCAUGUAAAAAUAAAUUUCUAUAUAUUUUUGUGUUUAAAAUGGGAAGGGUGUUUUUAUAAACAUUUGGAGAAAUGUUUACAGGAAAUUACCAUUGUGCCACGUGGGGUAAUUGUGAGCCAAUCAGGGGCGAUUUCCUGUUUAAUUUCCUUUUUUCUUUUUUUUUAAUUUCAAGACAUGUGGGUCUUGUAGAACUUGAGAGACUUACAUGCUGUCUACACAGAAUUGCACUCACCAGUCACGGGUUCAGAGUCGUCGUUAUUGACUCCGAUGUGUUAUACAUUUCAUUUCACGUCUCAUAUCUAGCACCUGCAUUCAGCAGCAGCACUAAACCUCUGCAGGAGGUUUAAGCACAGCGCCGGUGUAUGUGGCGCUUAGUAAUGUAAUAAUACAACAUGCAUACAGCUUUCUGCAAAAGACAGAUGAUAAUAAUGAUGAUAUUAAUAAUAAUAAUAAUCAGGGGGGUUGUCUCUUGAAAAUGGCUGCCAGUGGUUAUACAAGCACUGUAAAUCACACACUGUAUGCUAACACCCUACUCAAAAUUGCCUUGUAUUAAUGAAUGUUUCUACAGUACAUUUGUUCUUGUUUUAAUUUGAUUUGUGAUGAAAAAAAGACUUGAUUUUAUAGAGUUUUAACAGCUUUUAUGAAAACAAACAUUUUGUAGCUUUGGAUAAGAUUUCAUGAAUGGAUUUGCAUUGUUCACCUGCCUUUCCUCUUUUGGUGUUUUUCUUGCCAUUCAUCCUCUUAUCUCCCUCUGUUCAGUCCCUCCUCUGUCUGUCUGCCUUCAUUCAAGCCUGGGCCCCUCAGCUCUGAAGUACACAGAUGUGGAAGUGUCAUAAAGAGACUUACGCACUGCCCAAUCAUACCACACAGUCACUACAGCUACAUGGUAAAAUCAUCCUGUAUUCACUCUGGUCUCUAUGAAUGGGAAGCAUAGGCUGCGUUUUGAGUUGAGGAAAUUGUCUCAUUUUGAACUGGAAGCAGAACAAACACAAAAAAUGAGGGGAAAAAACACUUGUAUUUUAUUUCCAGUUUCACCUAUGACCUGCCCUUCUGUUUCUAACAGCAGGUGAUAAGUAAAAAGAGUGUGAAGUAGGAGCAUCCCAUCCCACAGUGGGAAUGCCUCUUUAUUUUUUAUUUAAUUUCAUUUUUUGUAUAUUCGUUUUUUUUCCUUCUUCUUAUUUUGGGUGGGUGGGGGCUGGAUUGCCUGAUCCAUGGCGUGCUGGAGGAUAGCCCAGCACUGCUGCUGCUGUCCCCUUGCUGAUGCUGAGACACACAUACACACACACACACCCCCACACCCACAGGCAGGGUGGGGGGUGUUGAUCCUCAGUGUAGCAACAGCCCAGAUUUUAGUAAUAUUUAUACAUGAAAUGGUGAUUAUUAAUUGAUGUGAAUUGCUAUUUCAAGAGACUACUUUUUUGCCUUAUUCCUACCAAAUGUAAAAAAAAAAAAAAAAAAAAAGGAAAAGAAAACUUGGGGAUUGAUUGGGGGGGGGGAUUUUUCAAAUAAGGUUUUAUAACGUUCAUUAAAAUGCUGCAUUUCAA